CCUUUCCAUCCGCGUGCCCGUGGGUUGUCCAUCGUGUCUACAUUGAGGGGUUCCAACAAGGAAGAGAAAUGCCGACAAAAAUCAUCUUUGAAACUGAAGAUCAAGCCAUGGAUGACGGCCUGGACACGGUCGCGGAGGCUAAACCCCAAAAGUUUAGCUGAAUGAAGCCCUCUCUGAAACAACAGUGACCUUUGAAACUUCAGACGUCACAUUAAGACCAAAGAGGGGAAGAAGCUAAAAAGCAAGAAGUUGGAGGACCAGGAAGAGCAGGAGGACCCAGACUGUGAACCUCCAGCACCAAAGAAAAAAAAGAAAAAAGACAAGCUGGCUGUGGACCUAGUGAACGACCACAUAGACUUGAACGGCAGCGGUAACGGUGUUGACACACCAAAGAUGAUUCAGAAGAUGGCUGAAGGAGACACAGAGAAAAAAAAUAAGAAGCAAAAGAAAGCAAUGGCAGCGGCUGAAACCAACGGACAUUCCACCCCAAACACCCCCGUCGAGACACCGGUCCAGUCAAGCGAAGAUUCUGCCAGCGACAGCGAAAAAGAAACGAAGGAAACACCAGAACAGAAGGAAGGGGCCUUCUCCAACUUCAGGAUCUCCCAAUUCACCAUUGAUAAACUAAAAGCUCGCGGAGCCACUUACUUGUUUGACAUUCAGAUUAAGACAUUCAAUUCUGUAUAUGAUGGCGAGGACGUCAUUGCCCAAGCCCGAACAGGAACAGGAAAGACUUUCUCAUUUGCUAUCCCUUUGGUGGAGAAGCUCCAGACGAACGCAGGGGCGUUUACCAGAGGCCGGGCUCCCAAGGUCUUGGUGUUAACUCCAACCAGAGAGUUGGCUAUCCAGGUCGCAAAGGACUUCAAAGACAUCACCAGGAAGCUGGCUCUCACCUGCUUCUAUGGAGGCAGCUCAUACAACCCACAGCUUGAUGCUAUCCGUAAUGGUAUCGAUAUUUUGGUCGGUACCCCUGGUCGCAUCAAAGACCACCUCCAGAACAAUAAACUUGACCUCUCUAAACUGGAACAUGUUGUUCUGGAUGAAGUAGACCAAAUGUUGGACAUGGGAUUUGCAGAACAGGUUGAAGAGAUUUUGUCUUCAUCAUAUGAGAAAGACUCUGAAUCCAACCCACAGACUCUUCUGUUUUCGGCCACCUGCCCUCCCUGGGUUUACGAGGUUGCACGAAAAUACAUGAGACCAGGGUGCAAACAUGUAGAUCUGAUCGGCAAGAAAACACAGAAAGCUGCAACAACUGUAGAACAUCUGGCCGUCGCGUGCCACUGGUCACAGCGUGCAGCUGUAAUAGGGGAUGUGAUCCAGGUUUACAGCGGCGGCAACGGCAAGACGAUCGUGUUCUGUGAGACAAAGAAAGAAGUCAACGAACUUUCCAUGAAUGCAUCCAUCAAACAGAGUUCCCAGACCCUCCAUGGUGAUAUUCCUCAGAAACAGAGAGAGAUAACACUGAAGGGCUUCAGGAACGGUGGGUUUGAGGUUCUGGUCGCCACCAACGUUGCAGCACGUGGAUUAGACAUCCCUGAAGUCGACCUGGUGAUCCAGUGUGCUCCACCCAAGGAUGUGGAGUCAUACAUCCAUCGUUCAGGACGUACGGGCCGAGCCGGCAGAUCUGGAGUCUGCAUCUGUUUCUACCAGAGGAAAGAGGAGGACCUGCUGCGCCACGUCGAAUACAAAGCCGGUAUCACAUUCAAACGAGUUGGCGUUCCCACUGCCAGCGAUAUAAUCAAGUCCUCAAGCAAGGAUGCUGUCAGGUUUCUGGACUCUGUUCCAGUUACAGCCAUCGGGCACUUCAGAGCGUCAGCUGAGAAACUGAUUGAGGAGAGAGGAGCAGUCGAUGCUCUCGCUGCUGCCCUGGCACACAUUUCUGGAGCCACAAAUCUUGAGCAGAGGUCACUGCUCAACUCUGAUGCUGGUUUCACCACUGUGCAGAUGGUGUGUUCUCAGGAGAUGCAUAAUCUGGGUUACGCCUGGAAAUCUAUCAAAGAGCAGCUUGGAGAAGAGUUUGAGAGCCACAUUCACAGAAUGACCUUCCUCAAAGGCAAAACGGGAGUUUGUUUUGAUGUCCCAUGUGCCAAAGUCAAGGAGGUUCAGGAUGCCUGGAAGGACGGUCGCCGGUGGCAACUGAGUGUAGCCACAGAGCUCCCAGAGCUGGAGGAGAAGCAGUUCAGUGACCGAGGUGGCGGGAACAGAGGAGGAGGCUUCAGGGGUGGAAGAGGGCGUGGUUUUGGGGGAGGUGGUGGCCGUAGUAAUGGGUUUCGGAGUGGUGGCGGUGGCUUUAGCAACAAAAGAGGAGUACACAAACGCAGCUUCGGUGAAGCUUUUGAUUAUUGAAGCGCCAAUAUGCAGGACCGAUAAGACCGUCACUCAUCUGGGCUGGCAGGGGUUAUUGGCUGAGUGGAAUCAAUGGAUUUCAUUUCCAUCAUCAGCAUUCAGAUAUUCUGCAGCUUCAUAUAGAGCACAUUAAAUGACCAAUAUCCCCCCUCUUUCAAAAUAUGGUGAAAAUUCUAUCGUAUCUGAUAAUUAGAUUAGCAUUUCCUGCUGGUUUAAGAUCAGACUUUCUGUGUGCAGUUCAAAACAAGACCACUGGCAGCCAUUUUGUAAAGAUGGUGUGUGCUUUUUUUGGGUGACAAAUUAGUUGAAACUCGUGAAAAGAAAUUUGUGCAUAAUUCAGUUGCUAUUUUUUUGAAUGGCAUAGGAUCAAAACAAUUGGGUAAAGAGUUUAACAUUAUAUGAUGACUUUUGAAAGUGUCAUUCAUUGAGUUGUAUGUAAAGUGUUACUCUUUUGUUUGUACUGGGUGUUUGGGGAACGGUGGCAGUAAUCAGACUUGAGCCUUUGUCCAAAAUUGAAGGUACCUCAUCCUGACCUAACAACAUGAAACAUCCUACUUGUUGCAUGACACUAGAUAACUGUGUAGCACCAUGAAGCUGCACUGCAGACAGUCAUAUGGUAGGCAAUGUGUUUCUGCUCUGCACCCACAGAGAACAGUGAGGAAGUGAGCGUUAACCUUAAAGGUUGUGCUCAGUGUCGGGUUGCUGCCUUAACUCUUCCCCAAAAUAUAUUGGAUGAUUGCUCUGCAAUUGCCUCUAUUUAAUAACUGUAUCUACUGCUUACAUUCAUUUGAAUGACAUUACUUGUUCAUUAAAAAAGGUCAACUCAG